AUGUCAUAUGCCAUCAUUAUUCUUUUACUGAAUCCAAAAUACAGUCUAAAGGAGCGUUUUGGUUCAUGGGCGGCAGUUACUGGCAGCAGCGAUGGCAUUGGCAAGGAAUAUGCCAAGGAAUUGGCGCGACAUGGAAUCAAUGUAGUUCUAAUUGCGAGGAACGAAGAGAAACUCAAGGUCGUUGCCAAUGAGAUCAGUGUGUAUCUUGACCUUUUAUUUGACUUCAGUGCAAUCAUCUUUUAUCAUAGUGCAGGUCAGGAGUCCAAAGUCGAGACGAAGAUUGUCGUGGCCGACUUUACACAGGGUCAAGAAGUGUACGAACACAUUGAACGUGAAUUGGCCGACACACCAAUAGCCAUUUUUGUUAACAACGUGGGCACGAGUUUGCAAGGUGCGAUUUAUGCACACACCAAAGAAGAUGUCCAGAAAUUGAUUGGCACUAACAUUGUGGCUGUCUCACAACUUUCGCGCUACUUUUUCAAGCGGUUGCAAGAUUCUCACAUUAAGGGAGCCAUUGUUAAUCUGGGCCCUGUGAUGGAGCAUCAACCAUCUGGAACUAUGUAUGCUGCCUCCAAAGCUUACAUUCGCAGCUUUACCCUGGCAUUAGGCGACGAGGCAGCUAGAUACGGGAUUCAUGUGCAGCUUCUCUCGCCCGGCUUUGUAGUGACCAACAUGAACAACUUUUCCACUCGCCUUAUGAGAGGAAGUCUGUUCGUCCCAACUGCGGAUGUGUAUGCUCAUUACGUCUGCUUAACAUCCGACUAG